AUGGUGAUUGAGGAUAACGAGAGCUGUGGGAGUAGGGUGGUUGAAUCUUCCGGGAAGAGCAGGCAGCAGCGGAAGAAGGUGGAGGUUUACAAUGAGGUUCUGCGGCGGCUGAAGGAGUCCGAACAUCCAGAGGCACAGGAGCCGUCUUUCGAUGAUCAGCUUUGGGCCCAUUUCAAUCGCCUUCCUGCAAGGUAUGCUAUGGAUGUGAAUGUUGAAAGGGCAGAAGACGUUCUUACCCAUAAACGUUUACUGCAUCUGGCACGUGACCCUGCUAAUAGGCCAGCUCUCGAAGUUCGAUUAGUGCAGGUUGUACCUGUUCGUGAUGGGAAUGCAGGAGAUUCUGUGCAUUCACGUCCUCUAAGAAAAGGGAGCAUCCAUCCACCACCUGCCUUUGGUUCUUCUCCUAAUCUUGAAGCUCUUGCACUUGAAGUCAACAAAUCGGAAGUUCAAGAUGGAGAUAGUGCCACUGAUGCCGGUACCAAGUCUGCUAGGCCUAUGCAUGAGAUUACCUUUUCAACUGAUGACAAGCCAAAGCUCCUCAGUCAGUUGACUUCUUUGUUAGCUGAAGUUGGGCUAAAUAUCCAGGAAGCACAUGCCUUUUCCACCGUGGAUGGCUAUUCUCUAGAUGUCUUUGUCGUUGAUGGAUGGCCAUUUGAGGAGGUUGAGCGACUUCGGAAUGCUCUGGAGAAAGAACUUUUCAAGAUUGAGAAAAAUUCUUGGCCAAGUCCAAAUUCUUUGCCUCUCAAUGAACCUCAGCAAAUAGAGAUUAAAUGUGAAUCAGAUCAUCUGAAAAUACCCAAUGAUGGUACUGAUGUUUGGGAAAUUGAUCCUCAAUACUUGAAAUUUGAAUCAAAAGUAGCAUCCGGAUCUUAUGGUGACCUAUACAAAGGUACUUAUCGCAGUCAGGAAGUAGCAAUUAAAAUACUCAAGACAGAGCGCUUGAAUACGGAACUGCAGAAGGAAUUUGCCCAAGAAGUAUAUAUAAUGAGAAAAGUUCGUCACAAAAAUGUUGUGCAGUUCAUAGGGGCAUGCACCAGACCUCCUAACUUGUGUAUAGUAACAGAAUACAUGUCUGGAGGGAGUGUUUACGACUACCUACACAAACAGAGGGGUACCUUUAAGCUUCCAGCCUUACUUAAAGUGGCAAUUGAUGUAUCAAAGGGCAUGAACUACUUGCAUCAAAACAAUAUAAUUCACAGGGAUUUGAAGGCUGCAAAUCUUUUAAUGGAUGAAAAUGAAGUUGUUAAGGUUGCUGAUUUUGGGGUUGCCAGAGUAAAAACUCAAACAGGUGUUAUGACUGCAGAGACUGGAACGUAUAGGUGGAUGGCUCCUGAGGUUAUUGAGCAUAAACCCUACGAUCAUAAGGCGGAUGUCUUUAGUUUUGGGGUUGUAUUGUGGGAAUUGCUGACAGGAAAGAUCCCAUACGAGUACUUGACCCCUUUACAAGCGGCGGUUGGUGUGGUCCAAAAGGGUCUUCGGCCAACUAUCCCGAAGCACACUCUUCCAAAGCUUGCUGAGCUGCUCGAGAGAUGCUGGCAGCAAGAUCCAGCUUUGAGACCCGACUUUUCUGAGGUCAAGGAAACGCUACAGCAGAUUGCCAAGGAGGUUGGAGAUGAUGGAGACGAUAAACGCAAGGAAAAAUCUGGUGGAUUUUUUUCUUCCCUGAGACGUGCACAUCACUGA